UGCCUUCCCGAACUGUGUUCUUUUUCCCAGCCUUUUUGGGCUUUUCUAGGUUCCCUUCACACUGCACUCAGAGCUUGACAAGCUCUUCCAGCUGCACAGCAUCCACUACCGGCGCCAAGGGAGAACCGGAGAAGCAACCACAGGGAAAGCUUCCUCUUUUCCUAUCAAUGGCUUACCCUCUGCUCCCCCUAUCUUUGCUAUUCUUCUUUCUUCUCGCUCAAGGAAACCCUGAGCUCAGAGCUCUAAUGGUGCUCAAGUCUUCUCUUGACCCCGAGGGUCACUACCUCUCUUCUUGGACUUCCAGAGGUGACCCUUGUCGUGGAAACUUUGAGGGAGUCGCAUGCAACGAGCAUGGCAAAGUAACGAACAUCUCAUUGCAGGGAAAGGGGCUCUCUGGCUUUAUCUCACCGGCGGUGAAGGAACUUAGAUGCCUUUCUGGGCUUUAUCUACAUUACAACGCACUUAGAGGGGAGAUACCGAAAGAGAUUGCGAAUCUGACUGAGCUCACGGACCUCUACCUCAACGUCAAUGGGCUCACCGGAGGCAUUCCGUCGGAAAUCGGCAAAAUGGCUAGUCUUGAAGUAUUGCAGCUGUGCUAUAACCGGUUGACAGGUAGCAUACCCACCCAGCUGGGAGCUUUGAGUAAGCUCUCUGUUCUUGCGCUGCAAUCCAAUCAGCUAACUGGAGCCAUUCCUGCAAGCUUGGGCGACCUACCCCAGCUCCUGCGGCUAGAUUUGAGCUUCAACAGACUCUUCGGUUCAAUUCCAAGGAAGCUCGCUCAGCUCCCUCAGCUAUCUGUAUUAGAUGUUCGGAACAAUUCCCUCUCCGGUUAUGUCCCCUCUGAUUUACAGAGACUAAGCAAAGGGUUUCAGUUCUCCAAUAAUAAGGGGCUGUGUGGCGUCGGAUUUUCUUCGCUUCAAGCUUGCACUUCCGCCGACUUCUUUAAUCCGAACAGACCGGAGCCAUAUGGCGGCCCUGAUGCUUCCGCUGGGCUGCUUCCAAAAGAGAUUCCUCAGUCGGCUGAUUUCAGCCAAAACUGCAACUUUUCUCACUGUUCAAACAAAUCAAAAUCAUCAGCCAUCACCAUCAUUGUAGUCGUAAUCGUUGUUUCAAUCGGCGUUGUAAUCUUAGGACUAUUUGUAUUUGUAUGGUACCGCCGACAGAAACAGAGGAUCGGGAGCUCACUCGAACUCUCAGAUAGCAGACUCAGCACUGAUCAAGCGAAAGAAGUCCUCAGAAAGAGAGUGUCUCCUCUCAUCAACCUCGAGAACACGAACGGAAACGGGUGGGAUCCUUUGGCUGAUGGUGGGAGCAGCAAUGGAUUUUCUCAAGAGGUUCAGAGCUUCAGAUUCAAUCUGGAGGAAGUGGAAUGCGCGACUCAGUAUUUCUCAGAGGUUAAUUUGCUCGGGAAGACAAACUUUGUGUCGACUUAUAAAGGGAUGUUGAGGGAUGGAAGCCUUGUUGCAGUGAAGAGCAUCACGAAGACGAGCUGUAAGACCGAGGAAGCUGAGUUUUUGAAGGGAUUGAAGAUGUUGACAUUACUCCGACACGAGAACCUUGUUGGUUUGAAAGGGUUUUGUUGUUCCAGAGUUAGAGGAGAGUGCUUUCUUUUGUAUGAUUUUGUCGCCAAUGGAAGCUUAUCUAAUUAUCUAGAUGCGAAGGAUGAUGAAAAGGAGAGGAUUCUAGACUGGUCUACUAGGGUUUCCAUCAUCAAGGGCAUAGCUAAAGGAAUUGAAUACCUCCACAGCAGCAGAGCAAACAAGCCAGCUCUUGUUCACAAAAGCAUAUCAGCUGAUAAGAUACUGAUAGACCAAAAUUUUGUUCCCAAGCUAUCUGCUGUCGGUCUGCACAAGCUCUUAGCUGACGAUGUUAUCUUCUCAACUCUCAAAGCUAGCGCCGCAAUGGGCUAUCUCGCUCCCGAAUACACGACGACCGGCCGCUUCACAGAGAAGAGCGAUGUUUACUCGUUUGGAGUUAUCGUGUUCCAGAUCCUGACAGGGAAGACGAAGGUAACUCACCUUCGACUCACUGCUGAUUCUGGCCAACUAGACGAGCUCAUCGACGGGAAACUCAAUAAGUGCUUCUCCAUUACGGAAGCUGCGAAGAUUGCGGGAAUAGCGUUGAUGUGCACAAGCGAGAUUCCGGGCCAUAGGCCAACCAUGGAGGCUGUGCUACAGGAGCUGGGAAGCAACUGAUGGAUGAUUCAAGUGCUAACUACUGAUAUUGUGAUGGACUUUUUUAGUGUAUUUUGUGCUUUAAUUUUUGUUGGAACUAUUUAUGUGUUAUGGGAGAAGUGAAAGAGCUUGCAGUGUUUUGGAAAUGUGUUUUCGCUUGUUAGUGUAUAACUAGAUGGGGUCUUGAUGAUUGAUUGGGGGAAGGCGGCUGUGGGAAAGUGAGAACUGGCGAUUUUUUUUGUUUGGUGAGGUUUGUCUUUCAUAUUUUGCUUUGUGGUUAGUGGUGAAGCUUUUUCUGUAUGGCUGUAAAGGAGAAAAAAGCAGAAAUGAUGCAGCACUGACGCAGUGGCAGCUAUAAGCUUCUUUUAGUAUUUUGUCACUUGAUGGGGGGUAAAAUAU